AUGUCAGAUUUCAACAAGAGCGGCUUCAGGCUAAUUGGUCCCGGGGACCAUCACUGCAAGGACACAGUCGCCGUCAACAAAAUUUUAACAUUACCAAAGGGAACUCAGCUUGGACUUGCGGACCCCAACGGGAGUUCAAAACGAGCCGGCAAACAUCACAAGGACAGAGCACUAAAAUGCGACGGCGACCGGAAUAAUGGAUUAACAGGCGAACACAAUGAGGAAACUGCACCAACAGCCGAGGAAAAACACGCGAAAAUCUCUUGUGAGUGCGCCGUAAAUGGAGAAGAAAUUGUCCCUGGCGUUGUCAUUGGAAUGAACAGCGCCAUGCCCAGGCGACCUUCAUCGCACGGGAACCUGUACAAAGCCUGUGCCUUCGGUAGCGCCUUCGGCGUGCUCUUCCUACUGCCACUAGGACUGUCCCUUUUCGCCUACUACCGCCGCCACCGCACAGCCAAGGCGAGCAGAAAGCUGGGACACUUCGAAGUCACGGGGGACACAGACAACCUGAUCGCCAAAGUGGAGGAAGGAGUCCCGUGCGAAGAAAUGUUCCCCGCUCAGGGAAGCCACAUGGGCACCUCGAGGGCAAGGGACAGCCAGGUCUUCUGCCUUUUCAACGCGUCAGCGCACUACCGACCCCUCGCGUAUCGUUUUCCGCUUGGCAUGAUCCCUGGCGCCCUCUGCAAUCACGUGCUCUACUCGUCAAUGUCCGUCACGGCCAACGGCGACCUGCGGUCCCGUGCCGAAGAGUUUGACUACACGUGCAAGGGUCUCGAAAGCACUACAACCCUCAAGAAGCGUUUCCAAGCCCUAAAGGUGCAUUUAGUCAUCAGCGCCGAAAGCCUGUUAGAGAACGCUCGCCUCUUGGCAAUUUCAAGAAGCCACGCCCUCAGGAUGAGGCUCAUAAAUGGCCUGAUGACGUGGGCCCACCGUUACGGCUUCGACGGAAUCUUCGUGUCUUGGUCCGAUCCUUUUGACGCCGGCUCAUCGGGCGUCUUCUUCAAGACCCUGGGCUUGACACUCCGACCAAAGCUCACGCUUGGCGUCAUACUUCCGACGUCUAGAGAUGCCCUCGAUCACUACGACCUCCCGAAGAUGGCUUUGGCCGUUGAUUGGAUGAUCGCAACGACCCACGGCUUCUAUCCGAACGGCGACUGGAGCCAUACAUCGUGCCCUAGUCCUUACAAAACUACUGACCCCAACAAGCAAUCUGUGGAAACGCAAGUCGAGUAUAUAGCAAAGAAGUCGGAGGGCGCGCUGAAUUUCACGACCCUCUGCUUCACGAUCUCGCCUCGGGCCUCCGGCUACCGCGUCCGGGCUCCUGGUACGACCAUCGGCAUGCCUGCUCUGGGUCCAGGGCUUCUAGAGGACAGACCUGGACUCCUGGAGGACGAUCUUCGCGUUCCAGGAAUGCUGGCGUACAGUCAGGUCUGCAACGUCCAGAGGAGCGCCUCCGAAGACCCUCUGGGCCUAUGCGUCUUCACGAGGAUCGGGAGGACCUGGGUGGCCUUUGAGAACCUUAGGUCCAUGGAGCAGAAAGUGAACCGAACCCUCUGGCUGCUUAAGAGUCUGCGAGGUCGUUCCGUGGGAACCUCGAGGUUCUGUCUGGGCGUGUGGGACUUGGACCUGGACGAUCACCAACCCGUGUGCGGGGACGAGCCAUUUCCAUUGGUGGAAAUGGCAGUGGCUAAAUUGCCUUAA